AAACGCCGAAGGCUCUUUUGCGGCGUUAGCUGUAGCGUCUCGCGAGAAGUGAGGUUUGCUUUCCCCGCCAAACACGGUUCCGUGACUGCUGCUUUCGGCGUGAGGAAACCUUACCUAGAAGGUCAAUAUGUAAACAGAUUUUUGUUACAAGCUGCUUUGGUUGAAGUUGCUGGCAAAGUACUUAUCCCUUGCAUAUUUCACACCUAUCUGAACCGUAGUUUGGAACUCAAUGAAAGUCCAAAUCAUUUUAUGAUAGAAGAAACUCAACAGUUGAGAGGAAAAGAUGCAGGAACCACAGGAGGAUGACUUGAUUACCUUACCAGCUUAUGAGCAUGUAGAAGAUGAAACUUUUCCUCCUUUUCCACCUCCAGCAUCUCCAGAGAGAGAAGGUGGUGAAGGAGCUGAACCUGAUGACGAGUCAGGAAGAGGGGCACCUAUUCCUGUACCUCCAAAGAGAACAGUUAAAAGGAAUAUACCCAAGCUGGAUGCCCAGAGAUUAACUUCAGAGAAAGGGCUUCCAGCAUUAAGGCAUGUGUUUGAUAAGACAAAAUUCAAAGGUAAAGGUCAUGAGGCUGAAGACUUGAAGACACUAAUCAGACACAUGGAGCACUGGGCGCAUAGGCUAUUCCCUAAACUGCAGUUUGAGGAUUUUAUCGACAGAGUUGAAUACCUGGGAAAUAAAAAGGAAGUUCAGACCUGUUUAAAACGAAUUCGACUUGAUCUCCCUAUUUUACAUGAAGAUUUUAUUAGCAAUAAUGAUGAAGUAGGGGAAAAUAAUGGCCAUGAUGUAACUGCUGCUGAAUUAGAUCCCUUUUUGACAAACUCAUCUGAAAAUGUGAAUUUUGCUUCUGAGUCAAGUAGAAGCCUAACCGAAGAGCAGCAACAAAGAAUGGAGAGAAAUAAACAACUGGCCUUGGAAAGGAGGCAGGCAAAGCUACUGAGUAAUAGUCAGUCUCUCGAAAAUGAUAUAUCAAUGAGCACAUCCAGGGCACAGACAGUUGAAGAUGUUAAAAUAGGUGAGGAUCAAAACGAGGAGUCAGAUGGAUUUAACAAAGACAUUCUAGAUAAUACACAUAAUGAUGGUGCUGCCAAUAUAGUAAAUGAAGAGGAGGAGUUAAAAAUAGAGAAAACUCAACUGGACCAGUCCUUUUAAAAUUAAAAUUGUACAGCAGUAACUUUAUUCUUCAUCCAGAAAUGUUGGAUAGGCCUCAAUCAAGAGAAAAUUAACUUGGUAUCCUGCGAGUCUAAGAUUACUAUGUAUUUUGUAUACUUUGAGUAAAAUCCUUAUGUAGUAAAAUGUAUACAGAUUCCUGUUUAAAAUAUGGUAUUAUUUAUAAUUAUACUUGUUUUUUAUUAACUUUAUAUAAGCCUAUUUAUUUUCUUAGUGUUUUUAUAUAGAUUUGACUGAAUAAUAAUGAUUAGUAGUUAAUAAGCAGCUUCUGCUGCUGGUGUUCCAUUGAAGGCCUUGUUUUCACUAAAUUGGUGUUUUAAGAUAUAAAUAUAUAACAAACAAUGAUACCCUUUAAAAAAUACAAACAAAAAUCUUAUAAACUGUCUCUAGAAGCUUUAUAAAAGUUUCUAAUUGCUAUUUAGUUCUGCAGUUUACAUUUUUGGUAAAAUGGCCCUGGCAGUGUGGGUCCGGCUGUGCCGGCCUACAAAUCAAAGUGUCACUGGUUCAAUUCCCAGUCAGGGCACAUGCUUGGGUUGUGGGCCAGGUCUUCAGUAGGGAGCAUGGGAGAAGCAACUGUACAUUGAUAUUUCUCUCCUUUUUCUCCCUCCCUUCUCUCUAAAUAUAAAUUAAAAUUUUUUUUAAUGUUUAAGGUUUUCAUGUGCUUAGAUGUAUUUUGAGGAGUGACUUUAAUUCUUAAAGGGUCACAUAAAAGGUUGAUAAAUUGCCUGGCUCUAUAGGUGCUAGGGAGGUUCUAAUGCUCCUUGGUAUCCACUGAUCAGGUGGAGAGAGACUUGCAAAGUAUUAUGAGGAACAUAGAGCACCUAGGGCUGAUUCACAGGAGACCUUCAAGUUCAUGGAGAUUCCAAGGAUUGGGGAGUACAUGUACAAUGGUGAAACAGUAAUGAAAAUUUAGGAAAUAAGGAAGGUUUGGGUGUGGUGAAUAUGAGGCUAGAAGUAUUAGGCCCAGAUAGUGAGAAGACCUGGUUAGAGAUUUUCCUGCCUGAGUUUAUCAACUUGGUAGAGGGGUAAUUAAAGAUAAGGAAGUACUACAUUGACAGCCAAGUUUAAAGGUCUGUCUAGUUCUUGGCUGGAGAGUCCCAUAGAGGGAGGGAGGGGGGGAGGUAAAACUAGUUUUUACAAACUAGGAGGUGGAAAAGUUGCUAUUUAUGAGAAGGACUGGCAGUGGGGUGCUGAAGUGCCUUCUAUCCAUGAAGCUUGAGAUCUUCAGGCUUCCUGACUUCAGGUGAGGAUGGAGAGUGACAAAGAUGGUUUGUUUGAAAGGCCAGGAAGUUGAGUAUAAGAACCUAUGAGGUAUGGGAGGCUUGGGUGGCUGUGGGCGUGCUGGAGACUGGCACAGUGAGGAGCCAAGAAUCAUACGCCUUUGAGGAUUGUGGCUUAUUGCUGCCAACAGGGGAUCACCUAGAAGAUGGAGCCCAGUCUCCAGAUGCAAUUAAUGCCUAGAGAGAUGAGUUAUUUUUCCAGUGGUGGGAUUUGCCGGAAGGUGACAAGUCAACCAGGGUAAGACCAAUGCAAUUCAUCGCCUGAGGAGGACUCAGAAAAAUGAGGGUGGAGAGGGAGGUUUAAGAACAGACAUAACCUGCAUACCCUUCCCUACUCCUCUGCCCUAUCACCGACUGGUGCUGCGGACAACAGGGAAGGUUAGAGUCAAAUGAUGAAAUUGUUUUAAGGGGGUAGGUGGGUAGGAUUAAGUCUUGAUAUCUGUAAGUGACUAGAAAGUUAAUCUGACAGAUGUCUGAGGGACCUAUGACCCAAGGUAGUAAUUACUGGAAAAACCUAAUUUGAACCAAGCUACCCAAAUACCAAUUCUGAGUUUACUAAAAAGCUACUAGCAACUUGA